UGAGUGUCUGGGACAGUCCGGGGCGCGAGCGUCUGGCGCCUCGGAGCCCAGUUUGGCGGUGGCGGCCGCACUGGCGGCCCGGCCUCUGUCCUCGCGGCGCCCGUGCACUGCAGCCCCGGCCCCCUUCCCGCCCGGCCAUGCCGCCGCCGGCGCCGCCCACCGAGCUGGUGCCGUCGGAACGCGCCGUGGUGCUGCUGUCGUGCGUGCUCUCUGCGCUCGGGUCGGGCCUGCUGGUGGCCACGCACGCCCUGUGGCCCGACCUGCGCAGCCGAGCGCGGCGCCUUCUGCUCUUCCUGUCGCUGGCCGACUUUCUCUCGGCCGUGUCCUACUUCUACGGGGUUCUGCAGGACUUCGCGGGCCCCUCGUGGGACUGCGUGCUGCAGGGCGCUGUCUCAACCUUUGCCAACACCAGCUCCUUCUUCUGGACCGUGGCCAUCGCUCUCUACCUGUACCUCAGCAUCGUUCGCACCGCGCGCGGACCCCGGGCCGGCCACCUGCUCUGGGCCUUCCACAUUGUCAGCUGGGGGGUUCCGCUGGCCAUUACCGUGGCAGCUGUCAGCCUAAAGAAGAUUGGCUACGACGCCUCGGAUGUGUCUGUGGGCUGGUGCUGGAUCGACCUGGACGCGGAGGACCGCGUGCUGUGGAUGCUGCUGACGGGGAAGCUGUGGGAGCUGCUGGCCUACGUCACGCUGCCCGUGCUCUACCUCCUCAUCAGGAAGCACAUCAACAGGGCGAAGCUGACACUUGUGCUCGCCCUGGCAACGCUGCUAGCUGCCUUCGGGUCCUCCUUCCAGUACGGGUACAAUGUGGCUGCUAUUAACUCCCCUUCUGAGCUCAUGAGAGAAUUUUAUAAUGAGACCUACUAUGAUAGAACCGCUGAUUACCUGAGCGACUUUUCCUUGACGUUGCUGUGGUCUGUUUCGGUGUCCAUGUUCCCUUUCGGAGGCUUGAUAGGAUCCCUCAUGGUUGGCAUCUUGGUGAAUAAACUUGGCAGAAAAGGGACUUUGCUGUUGAACAACGUCUUUUCCAUCGUGCCCGCGAUCUUGAUGGGAUCCAGUGCAGUUGCCAAGUCGUUUGAGAUGAUAAUUUUGUCCAGACUUUUGGUGGGAAUAUGUGCAGGUCUGUCUUCCAGUGUUGUCCCUAUGUACUUAGGGGAACUGGCCCCUAAGAACCUGAGGGGUGCUUUGGGGGUGGUGCCCCAACUCUUCAUCACCUUUGGCAUCCUCGUGGCCCAGAUCUUUGGUCUCCGGAGUCUCCUAGCAACCAAGGAAGGCUGGCCGAUCCUCCUCGGGGUGACCGGGAUCCCGGCAGCACUGCAGCUCCUGCUACUGCCCUUCUUCCCUGAAAGCCCCAGGUACCUGCUAGUUCAGAAGAAAGACCCAGCAGCUGCCAAGAAUGCGCUGAGGAGGCUGCGCGGCUGGGAUGAUGUGGACGCUGAGAUAGAGGAGAUCCAGCAGGAGGACGAGGCUGAGAGGGCGGCGGGCUUCAUCUCUGUGGUGAAGCUGUUCCGGAUGAGGGCCCUGCGGUGGCAGGUCAUCUCUAUCAUCGUCCUUAUGGCCGGCCAGCAGCUGUCAGGAGUGAACGCGAUCUACUACUACGCAGACCAGAUCUACCUGAGUGCCGGCGUCAACACCAAUGACGUCCAGUAUGUGACUGCGGGCACGGGGACUGUCAAUGUGGUGAUAACCUUCCUGGCGGUGUUCGUGGUAGAGCUCUUGGGGCGGAGAGUCCUGCUACUCCUUGGCUUCUCCAUCUGCUUCACCGCCUGCUGCGUGCUGACAGCCGCUCUGGUUCUGCAGGACACAAUAUCCUGGAUGCCCUACCUCAGCAUCACCUGCGUCAUCGCCUACGUCAUAGGACACGCCCUUGGGCCCAGUCCCAUCCCUGCGCUGCUUAUCACUGAGGUCUUCUUGCAGUCCUCCCGUUCGUCCGCCUUCAUGGUGGGGGGCAGCGUCCACUGGCUCUCCAACUUCACUGUGGGCUUGGUCUUCCCCUUCAUUCAAGUUGGCCUUGGAGCGUACAGCUUCAUCAUUUUUGCCAUCAUAUGUCUUCUCACCACCAUCUAUACCUUCCUGGUUGUCCCCGAGACCAAGGCCAAGACAUUCAUGGAGAUCAAUCAGAUUUUUGCCAAGAUGAAUAAGGUGUCAGAGGUACACCCAAACAAGGAGGAACUAAAGGACCUUCCACCCUCCACUCUGGAGCAGUAACUUGAGAGGAGGAGCCUGUGAAGUGGGUCUGUGUGGAGCUCCCUUCUUGGGCUUUUUUCCUGACUAAUAGUUAUCUAUAAAUAUCCAGAACUAGGACAAGACCAAUGUGGAAUGCAGGCCGUGCUGGGACUGCCUGAGGGGCUUCUGUGCAGUUCUUAAAGCCAGGCUGUCUCUCUCCAGAUUGACUCAUCACCAACCCCGGGUCACAGUGGGCAGCUGUCCCUCAACCAUGCUGGGUUAGCCAUUGUGUAACUCCUGGUUGCACCAGCUCUUAUAACAAAAAUCAUUACUAUGGUGGCGAAAUGGAAGGAAUCAAAUUUGGCCAGAAAAAACAAAAUUUUCUCCAAUCCAGUGGGUCUUCUGGGGGUCAGGGACAUGUGUUCAGAGAGGAAUCCAUCCUCUUGUCAGAUCCAUCUCCAGAAUCGUGGAAAGUGUGAUGUCACAAGUAAUGGUAUUUAGGAAGCUGGUGAACAGGUCCCUAUGGAGACUCUGAGUCAGAGAUUAUUCCUACAUUGUAUUGUUAGAGGAUAAUGGAAUUGCCUCUGUAUACUCAAUAAAACAAAUAUGAUCGUUUUUCA